UUAUCUUUGUAGUAGAUUCUUUGCCGCAGUCUUCUUGGUUAUGUUUGGCUACAAAUUAAAUAUUUUUGUUUUGAUUUUUUAUUGAAUAAGGAGAGAUUUUGAUUAGAGAUAUGAGUUUACCUACUGACUUUGGACCGGAUUCUGGGGGUAGGAUAAAGGGAGUAUGCAUUGUAAAGCCAAUAGUGUAUGGUAAUGUAGCUAGAUAUUUUGGCAAAAAACGAGAGGAAGAUGGUCAUACCCAUCAAUGGACUGUUUAUGUGAAACCCUACAACAAUGAAGAUAUGUCAACUUAUAUAAAAAAAGUUCACUUCAAACUUCAUGAAAGUUAUGUAAAUCCCAACCGUAUAGUUGUAAAACCUCCUUAUGAAAUAAGUGAGACUGGUUGGGGAGAGUUUGAAAUAGUUAUCAAAAUUCAUUUUCACGAUCCUAAUGAAAGACCGGUAACUAUGUAUCACAUCCUUAAGUUGUUCCAUUCAGGAGGUACUAGUGACCUAGGAAUGGAGUUAGGUAAAGGUUUGGUGUCUGAAAGUUAUGAUGAAAUAGUAUUUCAAGAUCCUACUCAGCUGAUGCAUCAUUUACUUAUAAACACAAAACAGCUUACACUUGGACGAUGGGAACAUAAUACAAAUUUUGAAGAUAAAAAGGAAAAAACGCUGAAAACUAUUUUAGAUGCAAAACAAAAAGUGAGAAUGGAAAUAGCUACUUAUAAAAACAGGUUGAAACUUGCUAGAGAAAUAAUAUCUCAAUUUAAAGAUGAAAUAGCAAAGGUACAAGAUCAACAGUUUGCGUAAAAUUAAUUAUAUGUUUUUGAUCAUUUCAUUGAAUCUGUGAUUUGAGAAAUGUUUUAGAACUUCAUUAUAUUAAAAUCUAACUGCUUCUCUUAUUGGAGGCAUAAUGCUCUAUUGGUUGAACUCAUUGUUGAAGAACAGAAAAAGUUCUGAUGCUGUCAUCAAAUCAUUUGACAAAAAGUUGAAUCACUGAUGUUUAAUUUUUUUCAUUUAUCAUCAUGUGAUACUUCUAUUGUCUUUUCAUUAGAUUGAAGAAACAAAGAUCUCAAUUUCUUCAUUAGAAAUAAACAUUUCCAUGC